AAUAUUAAAAUAACAAUUGUCAACACUACAAUAUUUACCAUAAUAUGAAUUCCAACAAUCACUAUCUUACACUGCACAGUUGCCUUACGGCCGUUUUCAAUAACGUAUCUGAGUUUUCGGAUAGAUAGCUAUCUCCGAAUAUCAGCAAGAGCGUAUCUAUCCUUAGUUUGCGUUUCACAAUCACGGAUAAGUGCUAUCUCUCUUUAACCAACAGUAGAUAGCUUCUUCCCUCCGAUUUAUCCGAGCCUCUUGAUACGUUUCGUUCCACUACAAAUACGAAACAACAUCAGGAUCAAGACUUAUUUUAUUUUAUUCUAAAUUAUAACUAUAAUUUAACCAGCAUAUUGUAGACUAUCAUAAACACAUUUGCUUAUAACAAAAAGUAAUAAAAACAUAUGUAGAUUUUUUUAAAUUGGACGUAUUGCUAUUUUUAUCCUAGUCGAAAUUAUGAAACGAAACGUUUUGACAGUCCGUUUGCCAAUAAGCAGUGAUCAGUUUCUUUUGUUUGUUUUUCUAUUGUUUACCUACUAUAUUAGAUGAUGACUUACCUCCAAAACGCUUUAAAACUUUCGUUUAUAAUUCUAAGUGUGUUUAUAAUUAAAGAGCUACAGUGAAAUAAAAUGAAUUCUUCAAGAAAGGCAGCACCCAUGACAAAAGAUGAGACGAUGAUUCUAGCAGAACUUGUGGCGGCGAAAAAACAUUUCAAUAAUAAGGCAACAAAUGCCACAAUCAAUAAAUUGAAGGAGCAGGCUUGGCAAACCCUUGUAAAUGAUUUUAAUUCGUCGAUUCGUCGUUUCCCACGAACUCCAUCGCAGCUUCGACUAAAAUGGGAAAACUUAAAGAACGCUACGGCAACAAAAGAAACAACCUUAGUAAGGCUGGAGGUGUUAAGGAUUGCAGAUGAAAUUUUGGAUAAAGCAUGCACAUUGUUGUAGGUCACAUAUAAUAUUUUUAACACUUUUACAGCCAAGCGGAAACAAGAUGGAAGAAAAGAAAUGCAAGUCUAGCAUAGGGACAAUGCAUUAGCAGAAUAUCUAAUAGCAAAAAAGAGACUUGACUUGGAAAAUAAAGAAGAGGAGAUUGUUGUAGCAAAAGUUAAGUUAGAUUUAGAUAAUUUAAAAAAUUAAAAAUUACUUAAAAGGAAUAUUAAAUUUCAUAAAUUAAGUAGGCAAUAGUAAUUUUAUGUUAGAUAGUUUUUUAAGUAUAUGUACAAAUUCUAAAUUAAAUAUCUUGCAUGUACUAACUACCAUGUAAUUAUCAUUUUGGAAAAUAAAAAAUAGUCAAAUUA